AUGUCUUCCGGCAAGACCACCGUCUUCUUCACCGGCGCGACAGGCUACGUUGGCGGUGCGAUCCUCACGCGCCUCCUCGAGGAGAAUGCAUACGAGAUAACCGCCCUUGUACGUGAUUCUGGGAAGGCAAAGAAGCUGAACGCGCUCGGCGUGUCUACUAUUGUCGCCUCGCUCGACGACUCGGUUCCACUCGUCGCUGCUGCCGCCGCCGCAGAUGUUGUUAUCCAGACUGCUCACGCGGACCAUCUACCUGCGAUCAAGGACAUUCUGAAGGGCAUACGACAGCGCUUCGAGAAAACAGGAAAGCAGGGCAUUCUUAUCCAUACGUCUGGUACUGGCGUUCUCAUAGACGAUGCCAAGGGCAUGCAUGACAACCAUAUCACAUACGAUGAUAGCAGCGUUGAGAGCAUCGAGUCUCUUCCCCCUGAUGCCUUUCACCGGCAAGUCGAUCUCGAGAUCGUCAAAGCUGAUCAAGAAGGUUACGUCCGGACUCACAUCAUCAUCCCGUCCACGAUCUGGGGUAUCCUGGAUGGGCGUCUCGCGGAAGAAGGGAUCUCACAUCUCUACUCGCACCAGAUCCCUUGGGCUAUCGUUACCGGUAUCAAGCGCGGACAAGGUGGGAUGAUAGGAAAGGGUUUGAAUGUAUGGCCGCAUGUCGAGCUACACGAACUGGCUGAGUUGUACUUGAUCGUGCUGCGGGCAGCGCUCGCAGACACGGCGCCACACGGGCGCGAAGGUGUAUACUUUGGUGCCAGCGGGGAGUACCGCCUGUAUGAUGCCGCCAAAGCGUACACUGCUGCAUUAUACAAGCUCGGAAAGAGCAAGUCGCCCGAGCCGACCACAUAUACCAAAGAGGAGAUUGACAGGUAUCUCGGCGGGAGUGAAUACCUUGGCUCAAACUCGAAGUGCAAAGUCGUGCGCGCAAAGGAGCUCGGCUGGAAUCCCACCAAAACGACCGACGACUUCUACGCGUACAUACCGACGGAGGUCGAGGCGAUCGUCAAGGAUCCAUCCCAGCCACACAACAGCUAA